UUGCAGAUGAGGGUUCGAACUAUCCUGCUACGCUGAUGCUCCUACUUUUUGGAGAGCUUUUCAGGUCUGUGAAAAAAAGUUACACGUGGCCACCCUCCGUUGAGUUGUACUGCGUUCUGGCUCUACAGUCACCUUCACCCCUGCAACUCUUAUCACCGUCCCAACGGUAGCUUCCACUUUCCUUUUUCCCCCCUUUGCGAAAACCCUAAUCUCUGUAUCCUCCUAAGCCCGUCUAAAAUCUUUACCUGUUUACAUAGUAUUUUAUUUGUCAAGGACAUUGAUAUUUCUUUUUCUUUAUAUAUGAGCUUGUGUUGGUUUGCCUGCAUUUGGAGAGGCGGUGUGUGCUUUUGCUGCAUGGUGAUGCGUUCUUGAUUUUGGCGUCAAUGGAGCAGCUUUUGGACGCUUUCAGACGAGCGCAGGUGAAAAAAGGUAGCCCUUCGGACGCGAUUCUUGACAUGGUGCAUGAGUGGAAAGAUAAGGGCGAGAAUCUGUUCAAGUCUUUCGUAGGUUGCGUUUCGGAUCUUGAGUCUCGAGAAAAGAAUCUGAGUUUGGUUGGAGAGUCGUUGGGGAAGCGGUUGAAAGAUUUGGAGGAGAGGGAGAGGGAGUUCGACUCAAGAAAAAGAGGGAUGUCUUUGAAGGAGAGAGGAUUGAGUCCGUAUUGGGAAGAUCAUGGGAAGGAGCUUGAGUUGAGAGAGGAGAAAUUAGAUGAGCAAUUGAAGUUGGUGCAUGAGCAUAUAGAGAGCUUGGAGGUUGCCCAGAGUGAAGCGGAGCGCUUGCGGCUGAUGGAGAGUGAGAAGUUGAAGGAGAUUGAGAGGAGGGAGGGGGAAGUUGAUUUUAUUCGUGGUUCAUUGGAGAAACGGUUGAAAGAGAUUGAGCGGAGGGAGAAGGAAUUUGAUUCGUUCCAACAUGGAAAAUUGAGAGAAUUGGUUUUGAAGGAAGAGCUUUUGAGUAGGAAGAGGGUACAGUUUGAUAAGGAGAUUGAAUUGGUAAAUGAGAAAUUUGGGAAGGUGGAGAAGUUGGGGUCUGGGCUUAUCAAGAGGUUGGAGUUGGCACCGAAUGUUCUAGAGGGCAUGAAGUUGAUGUUAGAUGAGAGGUGCGAGGAUAUUGAGUCCUGGGCGGCUUCAGCUCACAAAUCAUUGAAGGCGAUUGUUAAUGAAGCUGAUUUAAUACGAGAAUCACUGGAGAGCCGGUUUAAGGAGUUCGAGAAUAUGGAGAGAGAGUUUAAUUCAUUCCAAGAGGACAAAAUGCAGAAGUUGGGGUCUGCAGAGCGAGAACUGAGCAUUAUGAGGGAAGAGAUUCUUAAGGAAAUCAAGUUGAGGGAUGAAAAAUUGACGGAGCAACAGGAGCUGGGACAUAAGCUUUUGGAGUGUUUUGAGGGAAUUAUAGCUAAGAAGUUUAAGGAGAUUGAGGCCCAAGAGGUAACCCUGAAUGUGGCCCGUGAAACAUUGAAUGCUAGUGCAAAAGAUUCUGAUUUAAGUAGAGAAUCAAUGAAUGUACGGUUGCAAGAACUUAAGAAGAGGGAGGAGGAAUUUCAUUUGUACCAAGAGCAAAAAAUGAGAGAACUGAUGAUGGAAGAGGAGAAAUUGACAUUGAUUAGCAAAGAGUUUAUUCAACAGGUCAAGUUUAGUGAGGAGAAAUUUGACAAGCAAGAGAAGUUGGUCCAUGGGCUCCUAGAGAGGUUGGAGCUGGCGGAAAACAAUGUCAAGAACAUGAUUGCAAUGGUGAGUGAGAGGUUUAAGGAGAUCAGCUUGAAGGAGAUUGAGCUUAAUCAUAUUAGGAAUUCCGUCGAGGGGAAAAUGGAUGAAUUAGAACUAAGAAAAGCGAAAAAAUCUGGGAAACAAGAGAGGGGAAUUAGAGCAAAGGAAGAUAGUUUGAUUUCUAUGGAAAAUGAAAUUGUAGGGAAGAAAAAGGAGCUUGCGUCGAAGGAAGUAAGCUUAGGAUCAAAAGAACUCGAAUGUAAGUACAAGCAUUUGGAAGAGCUUGAUUCGAGGGAAAAGAAUCUGAAUUCUACACGAGAAUCUAAACAAACUUGUUUUAAAGAACGUCUUGCAUCAAACAAAGUAUAUAAGCCAGAGAGGUAUCUCAACCAUGCUGGAUAUCUUGCGGAAAAAGAUCAACAGACAGUGUGCAAAGAAUUAGAGCUGAACAGCAAACAAAUUGGUUUUCAUUUUAAAGAGCAUGAAUUGAAACAUCCGCGACUAACUGAUGCCCUUGAUGCACAGUUAAGAACUGAACCAGAAGGAUCUGUAGACUUGAAACACGCAGUGGAUGUAAAAUCUUUGGAAAUGGUCAUAAACAACAGCGGGAAAGACUUGGAGUUGAUUGGUGAUGAAAUUUUUAAACUUCUUCUCCACUCUUCUGAUCCAGCUAAGUUAGUUCUGGAUGCUGUGGAAGGGCUUUAUAUACCCCAUUUAGGGGAAGGAGAUAUGGACUUGAACAUGAGGAGAGCCUAUCUUAUGUUAGAUCAGUUAACUAAAACGUCACCAAAAAUUCAGCCUUGUGUGAGAGAAGCAGCAAUUAAGCUUGCUAUCAAAUGGAAGUCAAAAAUGAGAACUAUUGCUGAAAAUCCUUUGGAGGUGUCGGGAUUCUUGCAAUUCGUGGCUGCUUAUAAUCUAUCCUCCUGUUUUCCCAAAGAUGAGCUUUUAAGUUUUGUGAAGACGGCUGUCCAACAUAAACAAACACCUGAGUUGUGUCGCAUUCUCGGUCUGACAGAGGACAUGCAUGGUUUGAUCCAGAAUCUUAUAAAUGAGAAGCAAUAUCUUCUUGCUAGCACCUACAUCUGCGAAUGUGAACUUGAGAACGUUUUUCCACAAGCAGCGGUCCUGGAUUAUUAUGUAAAACAUUCAAAGAUGUUAGCCAAUGCAAAACGUAAAAGGGAGCAUGACUCUGCUGAAGCACAAGAUGAGGCUAUUGAUAGUGAGAUUAAGGAUCUGCGCUAUGCAAUCGAACAUAUCAUCAAGUAUGGGCUUGAAUACGAAUAUUCGGUCGACACACUUACAUUGAGGAUAAACCAGUUGGAAAAGGAUCGAGAAGGCAUGAAAAAUAGAAGGCUGUCAUCAUCAUCUAAUCCAAGAAAACAGGAAUCUAACAAAAGACCUGCUCAUGCAAAUAAAAGUAAGGCACAACAGAGGCAACAUGAGGCAACCAGAGAAGUUCACCGUGUCCCAAAGGCUCAAGUGCCCGAGCAGGGUUCAGAAAAAGGAUCUCACCUUGCUUGGAAAUCUCGACAUUGGCAAAGUAAAACAAGAAAGCGUCAUGCAACUGGACCUUUCAUUUUCCACGAGCCUUGUUCACAACAGGAUCAGACAAUGAUUCAUCUGAGUAGUGCCCACAAACGACUCAGGACAAACAUCUUAUCACACGAGAGCAGAUCCCACCUGCAAGGUUGCCAUCUAAGUCCACCUUCAGAACACUAGAGAUUGAGACGCUAACCCCAGGAGAGACUAUUCCAUUUGUGAGCUGUUAGGGACUGCAAUUUUGACAAGGAUAAAACAGGGAGCAGGAACAUGUUGCAGUGAGGUCACCUACUCUGGGCAUCUCAAAAGUCCCCUACCCAUGGGCCAUAGCUGGGUUUUGCUUCCUCCAAUGAACAAUGCUCUGAUGUUCCAACAUUUUGUAGUGCUGUCGAGGGGUUAGAAAAUGGCAUGUUGUAGAUUUUUGUACAGGAACUUCUAGAAAGUGUAUUGACAAUCCUUCCUCAACAUAUUCAAAGCACACUUGCCCCUGUUGUGCUGAAGCCCUUAGCAUCCAAGGGGAGGUGAGCUUUCUUUUCA